AUGUCUUCCUUGUAUGCUAGCAAGGCAGUUGAGGAGAUUCCUAGACCCGGCGACUCGAGUCCAGAUGUUCAGCCACCACUCAGGACAUUCAAGCUACGCCCACUUAGAAUGGGUGACAUUCCAAUUCUUGCUCAUCACCAAGCAGAAGCAUAUUGGCAGAGCCCAGUGAACCAGUUCAUUGCACCUCAUGCAGCCAAAUAUCGCGCCGAUUUCGUUCGGAAUUUUCGUCAAGGAAUUCGAAGGCGGCUCUUCAACCCUCGAAGCUUAUCUCUGGUCGCCUUUGAGGACUGCAACCCAGCGUAUCCUGUGGGCUAUGCUCAAUCUAGUCGCCGGGGGGGUGAUGAAGGAGCCAGAGCCUACUUGUCCCAACACAGCUUAUGGACAAAGGUGUACUUCUUUGUAUUUGCCUGGUUCUUUUGGAUUUACGAUAAGGUUGAGAAUUUCCUAUGGCCGGAUAGGUCCUGCGAUGUUGAAGCAACCAAGAAAUUUUUCGCGUCUGUGGACGGAGACGACAACACGUACUGGAAGUCACAUCCUGAACGAAACAAUAGGUGGUAUUUGGCCAGUGUGGUCGUAAGCCCUGCCUAUCAGGGGAAAGGCAUUGGGAGAAUGCUCGUCACCGAAGUCGUCAAGCGUGCACAACGCGAGAGGGUUAUCAUAGGACUAUCAGCUAGUCCGGCAGGAGAAAUUCUUUACAGAAAGUUGGGUUUUGAAUUACUGGGGGAGUUCACCAUGAGGAUUGGUGGCGAGGAAGGUGGAGGGAUCAUGAUUCGAUACCCCGAAGGACAAGAUUGA